AUGGCGUCGGGAGACGGAAAGUUGCGGUUCUCGGGCAAGAAGGGGGAAGGUCUUACGAUCAAGCAGUUCGAGCUUAUGGUAAAGGGGAGCCUAGAGGAUCGGUUCAAGAAGUUGCAGAAGGAUGUCGGGAAGCCUGUGGAGGGGCCGGAGUUCAGGGGCAGAUAUUGCAUAUACCUGGGUGAGUUCCUGGACAACCCAGCCAAGCUGGCGCACGAGCGAGAGUACGAGGACUGGUGCACAGAGACGGAGCCGGUGGCGGCGCUCCUCAAGUCGUUGAAGCGCCACUUUGAGGACCACAAGGAAGGGAAGGCGCAGGAGUGGGUGUCGUUCAGAAGGGAGACCGGGGAGGAGCUCCCGUCGCUUCUGUUCCGCCUCCAGGGGCUGGCGGAGGACCUGGAGAAGCCAAAGGAUGACCAGGAGCUGGUGACGAAGUUCAUCACCAGCCUGGACCGGAGGCUGGCGGAACAGACCAGCUCCCAGGCGAUGGCGUCCACCAAGCAGACCGGGGGGGCGUUCACGCUGGAGGAGGCCUACGAGGCAGCGCUCAGGAUGCAGGCGAUUAACACCCGCCUGCGCAUCGCGCGAGAGCUGGUGCCCAGAACCGGGGACCCCUCAAGAGCCAGGUGGGGCGGCAGGACGGGGACGGCGCAUGCGGCGGCGCACGUGGCGGUGGAGGCAGCGCCCGCACAGCUGGCGGCAGUGGGGCCGGCGGUAGUCUUGACGGGGGGCUCGGGGGCGUGUCACAACUGCGGCGAGGUUGGGCAUUACAAGAACACGUGCCCCUUUCCCCGUCGCAACAGCUCGGGCCGCAACCAGGUCCAGGGCCCCAGGGAUGGGGGAAGGGGGCAGUCUCGGGCUUGUUUCGUGUGCGCGGCGGCGGUUCAGGCAGGGCCCGGGGACGGGGACGAGACGGAGUGGGACGACGCAGAGUACAAGCUUGGGGCAGUGGCGCUGCCGUGCGGGGGCCCUGACAGCGCGCAAGUCAAGGGUGGUGUGGCCAAACCCCCCCUGGGAAAGGGGGUGGUGUUCUCAAGCAAGGCCGGGGAGGAGACGGCGGCCGGAGCGGUGGGCACAGCGAGGAUAGCCCCCCCAGUUGACCUGGCGGCGGUUAACGCCCUCAAGGAGCGGCGCGAUAAGGCUGCUGCAAAGGAGCGUCUGGCCAAGCUCCCCGAUCAUGGGAGGCACGUCGCGCCGCAGGGGCUCAACCGCCUCCCGAAGGGUUUCAAGGCCGGCGCCGGCGGAACGUCGCCCCAGGAGAGGGAUUCACAGGCGCGCCCCGGUGAGUUGGGGGCAACGGGUAGCAGGGCGGUAGAGCGCAGUACGCCUCCAGCUGCGAUCAUGAGCCCCGCAGACCCCGCGGUGGUGUUGGGCGAAAGCCGGGCAGCUGCGGGAGCAGGCGGGUUGGUCAGUGGGUUUCUGCAGGUGGAGGUUGGGGUGCUGCUGGAGCUCGCCAGACGGGCGGGUCUGGGCCUCACUGAAAUCAUUCAGCUGACGGGCGGGAACCUGACGGCGGCGUUGCCUCCUGCAGGCACGCAGGCGGUGGCGGCGAGUUCUGCAGUACAAGAAGCACCCGCGGCGGUCCCAAGGGGCCUGUCCCCGGUCGCGGUCAAGGCGCUGCUGGCAAGGGAGCGCACCCAGCCCAGGGCCGGGCCGGUGGUGACAGUUCCCUGGGCUACGGUGGUGGCGGACCGCGGGCCCGGCGCCGGGUUCCAGCAGGGCGGAGACGUUGCGGAGACCUCGGCGGCAGGCGCAGCUAGGUCAGCGCUGCCCCCACAGAAGGAAACAGAUGAGGAGUUGGCAUGGCAGCUCGCGCAGUUGGAGGAGCAGGAGGCAGAAGAGCGACAGGAGGAGCUGGUCAUGGCCACGAGUCGGGAUGCGGAGAUGGCCAUGGAGUUGGUGGCGAGGGAAGCGGUUGAGAAAGGGGUGGAGCGAGAGGUGGCGGUGGCAGCUCAGACAUUUGGGGAGGACUCGCCAACUGACGCGCCGGCGGGUGUGGUUGCAGGAAAGGGCAAGGCCAGGGAGGGGCAGGAGAGCGGUCUCAGGGGCGAUCUGGAGCGGGGACUGGAGUGGGAGAAAAAGAUCGGCGCGGGCAGCUGGCGCGGGGCUGAGCAGGUGGCCGCAGUAACCCUGCAGGCUGCUAACGCAGCGGGCGCCCAGAUGAUGAGUGAGGCGUACGCUCAUACGCAUGCGUUGGCGUGCUUCGCUGAUGGGCGCCCGCUGGUCAGCCCUGCGCAGAGGGGAGCGGUGGACGGAAUGUGA